UUCUAUCCGAUAUGCGUUCUUGGCCACGGAGCCCCAAGAACAACGGUUAGCAUCGCCGCAACCCCCUCGCAAACUUCACAGUCCGUGAGUCGCUGGCGUGCGCCACCACGGUAGUUUAGUUACUAUUUUGGAAAAUAGCACUGACAAAACUCAGCACGUUAAGCAUCUAACAAUAAUACGACAUUUUGAUCGCGGAAGGCUAUUGAUGAGGAGGCCGAAUACAUAAGGCAGCUGUUAUGGCCUUCCUGUAGCCUUAUUAUUUGCAAGUACUCCGCUCGUUGGAAGGGUUGGUUUCCUUAUUUCUCUUUUUCUUACUGUCAAUUGUUCCGUUCGUUCACAUUCCAUACCCUUUUGCGAGAUGCUUUCGUUAUUGGUUCUGUGGUUGGGCUUGGUUGUAUACGCAUUUGCGAAGGACUGUCAUUUCACUCUCGAAUUAACGUGGAAGAUCGGUGCCCCCGAUGGAUACGAGCGAGAGAUGAUCUUUAUCAACGGCCAGUUCCCAGGUCCAACUCUUGAAAUUGAUCAGGGUGACUGGGUUGAGAUUGUUGUUCAGAAUAACAUGCCGUACAAUAGCACAAUCCAUUAUCAUGGUAUUGAGCAGCUGAACACUCCAUGGGCUGAUGGCGUUCCGGGCUUCUCUCAACGUCCCAUCCAGCCUGGUGCUAGCUUCACCUAUAAAUGGCAUGCCGACCAGUACGGUAGCUACUUCUAUCACGCCCAUAGUCGUGGUCAAAUCGACGAUGGAGCCUACGGACCUAUCGUCAUCAAGCCCAGGGCUGGAUUGUCAAACCCUUUCGCUGCCAUUGCCCCUGCUGAGGUCGAGGCGCUUGAGGCGGCCGAGGCCAACGUUACUCCUCUCGUUCUUUCUGACUGGCGCCACACUACAUCUCAACGCACAUGGGAUUUGCAGCUAGCUUCUGGUGUGGAGAGCGCCGUCUGCAUUGAUUCCCUUUUGAUCAACGGAAAAGGCUCAGUUAACUGCUUGUCUCGGGAGGAUAUCGACCAAUACACAAACCCCGCAAUCAAGCCGAUCCUUGAGCAAAACAACUUGAAAAUGACCAACAAGGGAUGCCUGCCUCCAGAGAUCUUAGAACUGCUCCUGGCUUCAGGUACACCAACUAACCUUGACGCUCUCCCACCAUCUGUAUUUGACGUUUGCACACCAACCCAAGGCUCCAGAGCGGUCAUAAAAGCACCACACUCCGCUAAAUGGAUGGCGCUUGACCUCAUCUCCACGGCCGGCAUCGACACAUUUUCGUUCAGCAUUGACGAGCAUCCGAUGUGGAUUUAUGCUGUGGAUGGCCACUACAUUCAGCCAUUGAAAGUCGAUGCGAUUAGCGUUGCGAACGGUGAUCGGUAUUCCGUUUUCGUCCAGCUCAAUAAGCGCGCCUCUAACUAUGGCAUCCGGCUUGCAUCCACUGCCCUUACCCAACUCAUUAACACCUACGCCGUUCUGUCGUACGACGGUGGCUUCGGGAACUACAAGAACAGCACCACCGACGCGUACACUGUCUCUUCGAUUCCUUCUAUCAACAUUGCCGGCGCCGGCGCCUCUGAUAAUGCGGCCUUCUUCAGUCAAGCAGCCAUGGUCUCAUUCCCGCCCGAAUUUCCCCAGCCUGUUCCUGCGGUUGAUCAGACUUUCAUCAUGGACAUCAAGACAGUUGGCGCAUCAUACGUCUGGGCGCUCAACUCCACGCCCUUCGACCAAACCAUCGACGAAGAGAACCCACCUCUGCUCUAUAAACAGCCCUCUGCUAGCAACCCUGGCGGUGACAUCACUAUCACUACGCUCAACAACACCUGGGUCGACCUAAUCUUCACCGUAACCACGCUCAACCAGCCUCCACACCCCAUCCACAAGCACAGUAACAAAGGCUUCAUCAUCGGCCAAGGAACAGGUAAUUGGAGAUGGAGCACUGUUGCCGAAGCUAUGAGCGCUAUCCCGCAAAACUUCAACCUUGUCACACCACCAUUCCGGGACGGGUUUGUGACGCCGCCAACGGUGUCGGCACCAACCUGGCUGGCUGUACGGUACCAUGUUGUGAAUCCGGGGGCGUUUAUGAUCCAUUGUCAUAUUCAGAGUCAUUUGAAUGGAGGUAUGGCCAUGGCCAUGUUGGAUGGAACAGACGAGUGGCCAGAGGUGCCCGGGAACUAUAAAAACUGAUACAUAUUUGCAUCUGUCUGCCUUUGCAGCGCGGCGCUUCAUGGUAGCUUAUGAUAAUUUAUAAUGAAAUCGGGUCCAAUCUUC